ACUGGCCCCUGGGCUUGGGUUUCACCCGUGAAGGCCAAGGAGAGAAGCUGGAGGCUGGCCCAGCUGCUGGGCUGCCCUGAGGGCAACGACACGGCCCUAGUGGGCUGCCUGCAGGGCCAGGAACCGGAGGCGUUCCCCAAACACGAGUUCUCUGUCUUGCAAUAUGGCGAUCUGACAGGGAUGCCCUUCGCGCCCACGCCGGAUGGGGAUUUCCUCCUCGACACCCCGCCCCACCUCCUGGAGGAGGGGAGGCUGGCCCAGCUGCUGGGCUGCCCUGAGGGCAACGACACGGCCCUAGUGGGCUGCCUGCAGGGCCAGGAACCGGAGGCGUUCCCCAAACACGAGUUCUCUGUCUUGCAAUAUGGCGAUCUGACAGGGAUGCCCUUCGCGCCCACGCCGGAUGGGGAUUUCCUCCUCGACACCCCGCCCCACCUCCUGGAGGCCAGGUACCUCCGGCGUAUGCCCAUCCUGACCGGCGUCACCGCCAACGAAGGCUCCUACUUGCUCAGCUCCAGCCUUCCCAGCCUCCACCUGGAGAACGCCAGCACCAUCGGCCCGGAGCAGCUGAUGCAGGUGGCGAGGUUGGUGGUGCCAGGGGCCCCAGAAGAGGCCAUCCGGGCCGUGGCGCAGCAGUACAGCGAGCAGGGGGCGAAUCAGGGUGAGGCCCGGUACCGAUGGGCCAUGGAACAAAUCCUUGGCGACUACUUCAUCGUGUGCCCGGUGGCCGAGGUGGCCGGGAAAGCGGCAAAGGCCGGAAGCCCCGUGUACGCCUACUACUUCACCCACCGCAGCAGCACCUUGACUUCCGCUGCCUGGACUGGGGUACCCCACAGCUCCGAGCUGCUCUUCACUCUGGGGUCGUACGCACACGGAGGCCGAGGCGGGGCUGCGCCGCAGGGUGAUGCGGUACUGGGCGACCUUCGCCAGGAGCGGGUAAGGGAAUCCCCCAGCAUCCUCUUGUGCCCUCCGAGCUGCUCUUCACUCUGGGGUCGUACGCACACGGAGGCCGAGGCGGGGCUGCGCCGCAGGGUGAUGCGGUACUGGGCGACCUUCGCCAGGAGCGGGCACCCCACAGAGGCAGGGAACAGCGAGGAGCAGUGGCCCCGCUAUGUCCCCAGGAAGGAGAACUUCUUCCACAUCGGCAUGAAGACUCCCCAGGUCGAGGUGCCAUCGCCUGCCCGGCGCUGCCGUUUGUUGGCGUGGCUGCUGAAGAAAUCCACAAGGGAGCAUCAGUGAGGUGCGUGCCCAGGUCACGUGAGGCCCAGGAGACGACGUCCGAAGAGCUGAGCCGUUCCAGCAGCCCGCUCAGGGGGGUGUCCCCCCCAGCCAAGAGCUUCCAGGCCCUGGGAGUUCCAGCCGCAGCUGCUGAUGUGUUCGUCCUGCCCCUAAACCCCGGGGGAAUCCUGGAACUAAACGGCCUCUCCACAGCCUCUCGGCUCAUUAAAGCACAUUUGGUCUGCA